UCCGCUCGUGUUAUCGUGUGUGUUUGGGUGUGUUUGUGUUUCAGCCCGGCCUCAGCUCCGCCUCAGCCCUCGGAGCAGCGGCCCGUUCAUCGGAGCUGAACAGCCGUUAGAGACGCGGAGGUGUUUAUAUGCGUUUCCAGCGUUUUUUAUUUUGUUAAUUUACUGCUAAGCUAACGGUCCCUGCGUUAGCCGGUGUGCGCGGCGUUACCAUGGUGACGCUUCGUCGCAGAGGGCUCGCGGACCAGAGCAGCGGACCUCAGCGGCAGCAGAGGCCGCCCGGGAGCUCCGAGGCCCCGCCGCGGGCUCCACCAGGUACCCGGAGCAGGAGCACGGAGCCCCGACAGGAGGAAUCCGCACUGUCCAAUGGAUUUAAAGGCGAAGACGACAAACAGAAUCAGGUCAAUUCAGAAACACACGAGGACGAAGAUGUGAAACCAGCGAGAGCCAUUAUCAGGAAAUCUCCAAGGCUUCAGAAUACUGCAGGAGGGCUGAGGAGAAGCACCAGGCCGACCAAACCAACCAGCAGGUACCAGGCCUCCAACAUGUUUGACGGCAUCAGCACCAACACGACCAGGUCGGUCCUGAAGAGGAUGGACAGCAUGAAGAAGAAGAGGCGGCUUAGUAACAACAAAGAAGGAAAGAUCUACUCUAAAGCUCAGAGCAGGAGAACACCAGUGCCACCACAGAGAGAGUGCAGUGACAGCGAGGAAGAAAACGGUGCAGCUGAUGACGAGGGCAGCAGGCAGGAAGUGGCUGCAGACGGAGACAGCAGCUGCAGCGUUAACCAGAACUUUGACGCCAAACUGAGCAGAGCCUCAUCACUCUACCAGGGACCCAGCAGCGAGUUCCCGAGAGGAACCUUCAGGAUCAGUGCCUCUGGACCAAACACAACCCGCAGAGGAGCGCUGAGACCCACUAAGAGUUCAUGGUCGAAUUCUGAUGAAGACGACUCUGAUGAUGAAGAGCAAAACAGUGAAAAAGCCUCUGGCAGCUGUCAGCCAUUCAGCCUGCGUACAGACGAUCUCCUGGGGACUCGCAGAGACAAGAUGAGUGCAGGAGCAGGCCUCGCAGACAUUGAUCCCAUGGCCAUCGACCAAUCAGUGGGAUUUGACAGCAUCGGAGGUCUGUCAGGCCACAUCUCUGCUCUGAAGGAGAUGGUCGUCUUCCCACUUCUGUACCCUGAGGUGUUUGACAAUUUCAAGAUCCAGCCUCCCAGAGGUUGCCUGUUUUACGGUCCUCCUGGGACGGGGAAAACACUGGUCGCCCGGGCACUGGCCAACGAGUGUAGCCACGUCAACAGAAAGGUGUCCUUCUUCAUGAGGAAGGGAGCCGACUGCCUCAGCAAGUGGGUGGGCGAGUCAGAGCGGCAGCUGCGGCUGCUGUUUGAGCAGGCGUAUCUGAUGCGUCCGUCCAUCAUCUUCUUUGAUGAGAUUGACGGCCUGGCUCCAGUCCGAUCCAGCAGACAGGAUCAGAUACACAGCUCCAUCGUGUCGACGCUCCUAGCUCUGAUGGACGGUUUGGACAGUCGAGGUGAAGUUGUGGUGAUUGGAGCAACAAACCGUCUGGACUCCAUCGAUCCAGCACUGCGGCGGCCCGGACGCUUUGACCGGGAGUUCCUCUUUGGCCUUCCCGACAGAGAGUCUCGUAAAGAGAUUCUGAAAAUCCACACCAGGCAGUGGAAACCUGCACCAUCAGAAGAUUUCCUGGACGAACUGGCAGAGAAAUGUGUUGGUUACUGUGGUGCUGACAUCAGGGCGGUGUGUACCGAGGCGGCGCUGUGCGCUCUUCGUCGCCGCUACCCGCAGAUCUACGGCACCUCCCAGAAGCUCCUGCUGGACGUCUCCUCCAUCGCCGUCGGCAGCUGUGACUUUGUGGCAGCCAUGAGGAAGAUGUCACCGGCCGCACAGCGCUCCGCCGCCUCGCCCGCCAAACCCCUGUCACCUGUGGUCCACCCGCUGCUGGGCGUCGCCCUGCAGGACAUCCUGGAAGCUCUGGAGAGGCUGUUUCCUCACGCUGAGCAGGGCAUGAAGAGGAAGCGGGAGCCAGAUCUGACCUCUGGUAUCCUUGACGACGGCCUGAUGUACGGAGGACACGAGGGCUCCAGCACGUCCAGCAUCUCCACACACUCCACCUCCAAGAGCAGAAACUUCCUGCACUUUGCCAGGAGUGCCGUCAAACACCCGACAUCUCACCGUCCCAGGAUGCUCCUGGCGGGUCGUCCCUGCUCCGGUCAAACCUCUCACCUGGCUCCUGCGGUUCUGCACGCUUUGGAGCGCUUCACCGUCCACAGCCUGGACCCUGCGGUGCUGUUUGGAGCCAGCAGCACCUCCCCAGAGGAAGCCUGCACACAGGUGUUCUGCGAGGCCAAGCGGACAUCUCCCAGCAUCCUCUACAUCCCCCACAUCCAGCAGUGGUGGGAAACUGCGGGCCCCGCACUAAGAGCCUCCUUUCUCAGCCUGCUGGGCAGCAUCCCGUCCUUCUCCCCCAUCCUGCUCCUCGCCACCUGCAACGUCUCCCAUCCACAGCUGGACCCAGAGAUUCAGUCCCUGUUCCGGGAGGAGUACGGGGAGGUUUAUACCAUCGGUGUUCCCACCCGGCAGGAGAGGACCGACUUCUUCCAGGACCUCAUUCUGAACCAGGCAGCUGAGGCUCCGCCCUCCAAGAAAAAAACCUUGACUCAGGCCAUGGAGAUCCUCCCCCUGGCUCCCCUACCUCCCCCACGCCAGCUGUCGGAGCAGGAGCGCCUCCGUCUGGAGGAGCAGGAGGAGGACGUCCUGCGAGAGCUCCGCCUCUUUCUGCGUAACGUCACCGAGCGUCUGACUCUUGACCGGCGCUUCAAGGCCUUCACCAAACCGGUCGACAUCGAGGAGGUGCCAGACUACCUGAUGGUGAUCAAGAAGCCCAUGGACCUCUCCACGCUGCUGACCAACAUUGACGAACACAAGUACGUCACCGUCAGCGAGUUCAUGUCCGACGCAGACCUCAUCUGGCAGAACGCCCUCGAGUACAACCCGGACAGCGACCCAAUGGACCGUCAUAUCCGUCAUCGUGCGUGUGCUCUGAAGGACACCGUUCGAGCCAUCAUCAGAGACGAGCUGGACGAGGAAUUUGAAAGAGUCUGUGAGGAGAUCAAAGAGUCUCGAAUCAAAAGAGCCUCUUCUUGCAGGACUGAGGCCAACCCAGACAAGACUGAUGGCGUCGGCAUCGCAGCUUUCACCAGGAACAGUCCUCAACCUCAACCUCGUAAGAAAAAGCGUUACAAACAGCCCCGGAGGUCCAAGUGGAGCACCGGUGUCAUUAAGAAAACCAAGAAAAAGAAGCCGUCGUCUUGCUCUUCCUCUAUGUCCAGCAACGCCAGCUCGGAAUCAGGUCCGGAGAAAAACGGGGCUGUAGAAAUGAGAGUGCUGAACGGCUCUGCCGAUCCAAGCUCAUCCACCUCGUCAGAGAGCAGUGACGGGGAGCGGAGCCAGCCGACAGUCACCGUGAACGGGUAUCACCGCAAAACACAUGAUGUCACAGGGAUCCAAGCUGGAGCCCUUAUGAAUGGGUACCACCAUCCUGAGCCACUUGACCCUCAGGCAGAUGACAGCACCCCCACGGGGAGGCUGAACCUCAGGCUUCAACCCCGGACCCAAAAGACUCUCCAAAACCUGAAGACAGUGGUGAACAGGGUCUAUUUGAGCAAAUUAGAAAAAUGCAACAAGCGUGAGAAGGGAGCCAACUGCUCAGCUGCCUCUGAGCCGAUGCAGCUGAUGGACAGGGACGGAUCUUUGGAGGUGGACGAUGAAACACCACCACACGUAGUUGAUCACAACAAACUGAGGGGUCUGCUGAACAGAGCCGUGGAUAAAACAGAGGAUGCUGAGGCGGAGCCGCUGGAGAAGCUUUACGCUCUGCUGGCUCAGUGCAUCUACAGGCACAGAAACAACUGCAACAAGACGGAGCUCAUUCAGGAAAUGAAGAAAGAAAUUGACAGCUUCUCCUGAUCUCCCAUGCCAGGUCUAUUUUAAUAAAACAUCAGUGCAUUGAAAUGUGAAGUUGUUUACUCUUGUUGUUAUUACAUUUAGAUAUGUUCAUGUAACAUAUCAAACACCAGAAAUACCUCAGUAUUAAUUCUGUUAGACGUUAUUUUUAUUCGUGGGACCAGUUUAUAAAAGAGUAAGUUAUGACCAUGUGGUGUUUAAUUAAUUCAGCUUUAUCAUGAUGUAAACGUGAAUAAAUGUUA